AUGGGGCUGUUAGUUAUGCUAGUAAUAUCUUGUAUAUUCUGUAAGUCGGAUCCUAUAAACGUUAGGAUAGUAUCAAAAGGGCAUCCAGAGAAGUACUUGGCCCUGUUCAGCGGGGAGGUAAGACUUGCGACCAAGGAGCAGAUAAGGAGUAAUAAGGGAUGCUCUAAAUUCGUCGUGGAUGAAAUUAGAACGGAAAUACUACAGGGGAAUAGACGAGUAUGCAAGAAAUAUGAAUUUUCUAGGGUUAUGUCAUGUAUUAAUGAGGGUAAGAAUUCGAUGUGGGAUGUUAUAAUUGACAAUUCUAAGUUUGUUUCUUUCAAAGUAAGUGGUGGAGAAGAUUGUAUCACAGCCAAUGGGUCAGAAUCCACAGACAUAUUAGGAGAUGUUUUAAGUUUAAGCAAGUGCGAUAAAAAUUCCAACUCUCAGAAGUUUUGGAUUAAGUUGAUAGUAAAUAAAAAGACAAAGGGUAGCUAG